ACCUCCCCAACCGCCUCGCUCCGUCCGUUCUGUCUUUGGCGACGUGCAGCAGCCGCAGCCGGGCCCUCUGGUCUUAUUCAUCGCAGCUGAAGCCUUCCUGGCCCCCCGGCAUCCCAAAACGGCUUGCCGCCACUGAUCACGCCUCCCUCCCCGUCGACCCUCGUCGUGCGGCUUGCCAGCUUGCCAAACUGCCGGUAUAUUGAGAAUCCCCGCACCUCGCUGCCUGCUGCGUCUGCGCUCUUCUGGAAUCUCUCCCACCUGCCGCUGCCCCCUCUGCCUCCCACCACCCCCCACCGCGCUCGCCCAGCACUGCCGCUUCUCUCGACCACGGCCUUCCGUGACCGUUAUCGCGGGACCUGAAUCCUUCCGCUAUCUCUGCUGCUCGGUUGUGGCUUUUUUCCGUGCUGCCACCAGUACCUUCCUUUCACUCUCUCACGUUUCAUCAUCCAUCACAUCUCUCCGCUAUGUCUGUAACUCGGCAGUGGUUCCAGCCCGGAGAGGGCAUCGCCAGAGAGGUCAUUACCGCCGAUAUCCAGCGCUAUCUAGGCAAUGACGCUCUGGUGCGGCCUGGAGAAGGUACUGGCGAGUAUCAGGGCGUGCAAGGCUAUUGGAUUACGGCCUACCGCAAUCUAACAAGUCAAAUGGUAGCCGACUUGAAGUUGGACUCGCAGCGGUGGCGCACUGAGGUCUCACAAGGACGAGUUUCAUAUCAGGACUCUAGAACCCACCAGUCUAGGCAGUACUAUGGACCAAGUGACCCCGCGCCUGCUCCGGCUGCCGUUCCAUACCAGCAGCCCUCAAGACCCGCCUACCCCCCUCAACCCACACAUCAAUCACACCAGCAGUACCAACAGCCGGAACCGUCUUACACGUAUGCGCAGCCACAGCCACAGGCCGCAUAUGCCGCUCCAGCAGGUCAAGCGUACCAGCAACCUCCCUACAACCAAGCCCAAGGACAACUUAGGACGCAGCCUAACUACACAUACACCCAGCAGAGUGCUUCACAGGACCAGCAUGCACAAUACGCGCAGCAUCAAGACCCAAGGUACACGUACCCACAACAGGCUGCUACAGCUCCUCCGACACAAUCCUAUCAGGUUCCUCCGCAACCAAGGUAUUAUGGAUUCUUCCACCGGUCUCCUUUGGUAUAUCGCUAAGGCCAGUACAGUGCUCCCCCUGCUGGGUACUACCAAGCUUCGGAUGGACGCCAGUACCCAAAUCCGCCACCGCAACC